ACAUAGGUUGGAAUUAUGGUGCCAAAGGCCCAACAAAAGAUUCAGUCACAUGUAUCUUUUGUCGAGAAACUUUCAAUGGCGGAAUUACUCGACACAAACAACAUUUGAUUGGUGGUUACAGAAAUGUAAAAAAAUGUGGAAUUUGUCCGCCUGAAAUUAGGGAAGAAGUAAAAAAGUAUGUUGAAAGUAAACAGUUGUUAAAAACUCAAAUGUUGCACCAACCAUCCUUGGCUAAUCUCUCUGAUGAAGAUGAUGAAAUGAUGCCUCCUCCCUCAAAAACUCAAAAAAUGUCAUCCAAUGCAUCAUCCAUGGCACGGACUGCCAAUGUGAAAGGCCCCAUGAAUCUUAUUACCCCCAAACAUCAAAGGGGAAGGGAAGCAGUAGCACGGCAGCGUCUGAUGCAACCAAGAAGUUGCUAAGAGAUCGCGCUGUAAGUGCUUUUGCAGUAUGGGUAUAUGAUGCAGGGCUCCCUUUUAAUUGUGUAAAUCACAAAAGUUUUGAUAAAUACAUUGAGGCCACAGGACAAUAUGGCCCAGGAAUGAAACCUCCUACCUAUCACAAAAUUAGAGUUACUCAUCUAAAAAAAGAGGUGGAGAAGAUAGAUGAGAUUAUUGAGGAACAUAAAUUGAAAUGGACAGAGUUUGGGUGUUCAAUUAUGAUGGACAAGUGGACAGCACGAAAUGGAAAAAUGAUCAUCAAUAUUUUGGUCAAUUCUCCAUUAGGUAGUGUGUUUCUUGGGUCAGUCGAUGCUAGUGAUGAAUCUACAAAUUCCACCAAGAUGUUCAACUUGUUUGAGAAGACUAUUAAGCAAAUUGGACCGGAAAAUGUUAUACAAGUUGUUACCGAUAAUGCUAGCGAGAAUGUUAAAGCCUGUGACAUGAUAAUGGGUGUGUACCCGCACAUUUAUUGGACUCCAUGUGCUGCCCAUUGUAUCAAUUUGAUGUUUGGUGACAUCUUCAAAAUAAACCCGUAUGCUUCAGUUUUUCAGAAGGCCAUUAAGAUACAUUCUUACAUAGCAAUGAGGCCAUUGUUGUUGAACAUGAUGAGAAGAUAUACAAACCAAAGAAAUUUGGUGAAACCGGCUAAGACAAGAUUUGCAACGGCCUUCUUAACUUUGCAAUCUUUUUACAUGCAAAAGAAAAACUUGAGAACUAUGAUCUUCUCAACCCGAAUGGACAGAAAGUAGAUUUGCAAAGGAACUUUUGGGAAAAGAAGUUGUCAGACAUCUUACUUCUACAUCUUUUUGGAAUGAUGUUGUUAGGGCACUUAAAGUUGGUUCUCCUUUGAUAGUAGCGCUUCGCUUGGUGGAUGGAGAAAAAAAACCAUCAAUGGGCUAUAUUUAUGAAGCAAUGGAUAGAGCCAAAGAAGCUAUUGAAAAGGGUUUUCAUGGUGAUCGGAAGCAAUAUGAGAAAGUUUUCGAAAUCAUUGAUCGGCGGUGGACGGACCAACUUCAUAGACCUUUGCAUGCAGCAGGCCAUAUUUUGAACCCGGGAAUGUUUUACACUAAUUAUCAAAAUAAGACUUUAUCAACAGAAGUGUGGCAAGGUUACCUUGAAUGUGUUGAUAAGUUGGUCCCUAAUGCAACACAAGAUGCUCUCAUCAAAGAGCUUCAUACGUAUAAACAUGCAUUGGGGACUUUUGGUAUGCCUCAGGCUAUAAGAAACAGAGACAAAACAUCCCCUUGUAAGUGGGUUGAUUUAGUUAUUUUUAUAGCUUUACUUAAGUUGUUUGACUUAUUUAUAAUUAUUAAACCUUUAAUUUUUUUUAUAGCUGAAUGGUGGUCGUAUUUGGUAAUCGUACUCCAAACUUGCAACAGCUUUCCAUAAGAGUAUUAAGUUUAACUUGUAGCGCAUCCGGAUGCGAGAGAAAUUGGAGCGUGUUUGAACAUGUGAGAAGAAGAUUUAUUAUAUUCUAAUUUCUAUAUACAUUAUUAUUAGUAUCUACUAAUUAGUUUCUACAACUUAUGCACAGAUUCAUACCAAAAAGAGGAAUAGGCUUGAA